AUGACAACCGCUAUGCUGACAAGCGCAGCGCAGCUAUAGCUUCAAAAACAGCCCUCAGAUUCGCGUUUUCCCACUUCUUAAUCCGCUAUUUUGCACUGUAAAUACAUUUAAAGCCUGCCCAUGUUACGAAGACUUUCUCUGUUACUCAUUUUUCUCUCGCUAGCAGGCUAACUCCGUUGUUUAGCAGUAUGGAUCAGUACAGCAUUCUCGGCAGGAUUGGGGAAGGAGCUCAUGGGAUUGUGUUCAAAGCCAGACACAUCGAAGUAAGAUCAUGUCACUACAUCGGGCCUCUCAUGCUCAUGCUGUUAGCUUUACAUGUAAGCUGUAUCUUUUUUCAGACAGGAGAGACAGUGGCUUUGAAAAAAGUGGCCUUGCGGAGGCUUGAAGAUGGGAUUCCUAACCAGGCACUACGAGAAAUUAAAGCACUGCAAGAGAUCGAAGACAACCAAUAUGUGGUGAAACUAAAGGAUGUCUUCCCCCACGGCACUGGCUUUGUUCUGGUGUUCGAGUACAUGUUGUCAGAUCUGUCAGAAGUCAUCCGAAACUCUCAGCGUCCUCUCACUGCAUCUCAGGUCAAAGGUUACAUGAUGAUGUUGCUCAAAGGUGUGGCGUUCUGCCACGAGAACUCCAUCAUGCACAGGGAUCUGAAGCCUGCAAACCUUCUUAUCAGCUCGACGGGUCACCUCAAGAUUGCAGAUUUCGGCCUAGCGAGGCUUUUUUCCAAUGAAGGAGAUCGUCUGUAUAGUCACCAAGUGGCAACCAGAUGGUACAGAGCGCCAGAACUUCUCUAUGGCGCACGAAAGUAUGACGAAGGUGUUGAUCUCUGGGCGGUGGGCUGCAUUUUUGGGGAGCUGUUGAAUAAUUCUCCUCUGUUCCCUGGAGAGAAUGACAUCGAGCAACUGUGCUGUGUGUUACGAGUGCUGGGAACUCCAAACCCGAAAGUUUGGCCAGAAAUAACAGAACUGCCGGACUACAAUAAGAUCACGUUUAAAGAAAACCCACCCAUUCCUUUGGAGGAGGUUGUGCCCGAUACUUCGCCUCAGGCUUUGGACCUGCUAAAGAAGUUCCUCGUCUACCCAUCCAAACAGCGGAUCAGCGCCAGACAGGCUUUGCUCCAUCCAUAUUUCUUCACAGACCCCCUCCCGGCUCAUCACUCGGAGCUGCCCAUCCCUCAGCGUGGAGGAAAACACUCCAGACAACGCAUGCAACCCCCAUAUGAAUUCACUGUGGAUCGACCCUUACACGAGAGCUUGGUGGACCCUGGAGCGAUUAAACGCCAUGUGUGGGGGUGUUUGUAAGAAAGCUGAAAUGAUGUUUCAUAGCUGUGUAUGCAUUACACUGUAAUAGCCCAAAUAUUGUAUGUUUUAAAUAAUGUGUAAAUUAUUUUUUUGUUAAUAUUUCUACUAGUACUAUUUAGAGAAAUUGGUUAUUUGACUUAAUACGCUGUCAGAAAAAAAUUACACUUAUGCACCUAAAGAGUGCAUAUUAGUACCUCAAAGGUAAAUAUUGGUACCAAAUGGUAUAUAUAAGGACUUUUGGGACUAUUCAAAGCUUCAACUAUUCACUAUUCAAAGUGUAAAACGUUUCUUACUUUGUGCUGAACAAGCAUUAACCUUAUCGGGUUAUAGCAGCUUGCUUAAUUUAACUGUUCAGGUUGUAAGCAGUUAAACAAGAUGGUACCAAAAUAGGCUCACACAUACAUAUUUUUGUGCUGUUUUACCAAAAAAACGUAAUUUGAGAUCAUAUAUCUGCUGUGAAAAUAUUUUUUCUAUCAAAUCACUCAUAAGACACAUAUGACAGUCUAUUCGUUUUGGGUGGGAUUAUCUGUUUGUCAUCACAAUGGAAGACAAGUGCAUAAAAUCUGUUUAAAAACCACAGUAUUGUGUUUAGUGACACUAGUGGUGCAGAUAUAAAUGCUUGUACAUCGACUAAAACUUGUACAUCGACUUGCUAGCACACAGUUUGAUUCAGCGCUCAGAUUUCCCUUAAAACCGAAAGAACAAAAGAAGGGAAAACUGUAAGCUUUGAUUAACAAAUGAGUUUGCCGGCUGUGUUUUAUGUGGAUGUGUUUGGGCUUUACAUCUUUACCAUGAAUUGCCGUAGUGUUUGUCUCUAUUUGCAUUGCUGCAAUCAGCUCAACUGUCCUCUUGUGUUUUGAAUUAAGCUGCACUUUGCAUUUGUUUUAUUGGCUGCACUUUCCCCUUUGUGGUUUUGCUUUUAUCAGAGUUUUCUUUGUGCUACAGUUUCUCGCCGCACAUUUAGGUCCAUUUCUCUUUAAGCCUUCAUACUUAAUUUUUGUUUUUAAAAUUAAGUAAUGCUGGAUCCAUUUAUAAUCAUGAUUGUUCACAGAAGAUCCAUCAGUGAAAUAUAUACAUUAUUUUAUGUCCCAAAGUUUCUGUAUGUUAUAUGGGUGGUUGACAGUCCUGCAAUUUGAGAUGCAAUAACUUUUUCAAAUAUGAAAAAAAAAAUUUGAGCUGGUUUUAACUGUUUAUAAUAACAAUAAACUUCAAUUAUUGAAUAAUUUUAAUUAUUUGUGACACUUGACCACAAAACCAGUCACAUCAUGUUGCAGGGGUGUAUUUGUAGCAAUAGCCAACAAUACAUUGUGUGGGUCAAAAUGACAGAUUAUUUAAGAUAUUAAGUGGAAAUUAUAUUUCAUGAAGAUAUUUUGAAAAAUUUCUACCAUAGAUAUAUUAAAAAUGUAUUUAUCAUUAGUAAUAAGUGUUGCUAAGGACAACUUCAAAUGUGAUUUUCUCAAUACUCAGAGAAAGUCAGAUUUUCAAAUAGUUGUAUCUCGGCCAAAUGUUGUCCUAAUAAACCAUACAUAAAUGAAAAGCUUAUUUAUUCAGAAAAAUGUACCAUCAUGAGUGGUUUUGUGGUCCAGGGUCACAUUUGUUUUCAAAAAUGCAUUAUACUUAAAGGACCUUUAGGUGAGCAGCAACAAAUCUGAAAGGUGAAUAAAAUCGGUUUAAAGAAGAACCAGCACCUGUAAAUUUUUAACAACCCCACAUAUACAUUUUUCUCUUAGUUCUGUGCAAAAGUCUUAGGCCACCAUGCCACAAUUAGAUUUGUUGUUUUUGCAAUGUUAUAGUGAUCAUAUAUAAUUGUUUCUUUAAUAGAAUACAUCCAGAAAAUACAGGAAAUGUGUAUAUCACUGUAAAAAAAAAUCCGUAGAAAUUGCAGCUGGGUUGCCGGUAAUUUACCGUAGAUUUAAAUUUAUGUUAUUUACUGGCAACAUAUUGUUCAAAGUUGAAUGAACAUUUAACAUUUACAAGUCUUUGUCUUUACAGAGUAAAAUUAAAAAAACAGCAUCAAGCAAAACGUUCUGGGAAACAAAAUCUGAAGCAAAAAACGGAAAAAGGUUGAUGAUGAUUUCUGUUUCCCAGAAUGCUUUGCAUGAGGCUGUUAUUGUAUAGUUUUAUUCUGUUAAGAUAAAGACUUGUUAAUAUUUAAAAUUUAUUUAACUUUG